AUGACUUCAUCCUUGGCCUCCUCGGUGACUUCUCUGCAGUCAUCACUGCAGCUUCUGGAUAAUUCAAUCAAUACUUUGGAUUCAGGCGUGAACGACUUUCCCCGCCUAUGCAAAGUCCUGCAAACAACGAGGCACUUUGAACUUCUGCCGGAGCCAACACUGCGUGAGGCGCAACAAUCCCUUCUCGACGAGAUCAAACCAAGCAUAGCGCACCUUCUCUCCAUCUCGUCCAACCAUGUCGAAAAACUAGCCCGUCGUGAACAGAGUCUGAAAGCGCAAUGUGACCUACAAGAGGGCCGGCUCUCUUCCAAAUCCGAAAGCAAGUAUUCAGCUGCGCGCUCUCACGCUCAAGGAGGCGGCGCGGCACGAAGUCGCCUGGCGCCAUCGGGUAGUACCGCCUCGUCCAGCAACACCGCCACACGAGCCCUGGAAUUACGGCGGCUUGUUCAGAAAAAGGAGCGGUUGAAGUAUGUUGUUGAUCGACUAGAGCUGCAGAGUAGGCAGCGAGAGCGCCAGUUGAGGAAGAGUAUGGCCAUGAAGUGA